AUGGCAGCUCCACCUGCCGUCAAGCUCACGCGCCCUCCACUCCCUGUCGCCCCGCCGCACCGCUUAUCACCGAGCUCUCAUCUGCGCUCCUUGCCGACUCCGAAAUUACAAAGUCGUCACACGCUCUCGCCAGGCCACCUCUCCUCCUUCUCCUCCAUUUCCGCCCUCUCCUCGCUCUCCGCCCUCCACUCCCCCCGUUCCCUAGAUUCUCCCCGCGCUGAUGCCCUCUCCCGUUCCGCCCAGCCUUCUCGCGCUCGUUGCUUAAGAGCGCCGAGGCGCACGUCAAUCCGCGCAGCGUGGGGAUCAGACCGACGGGCCGACGGCAGCGCGGGAAGCGCGGUUGGCUCAUCGUCUCGCCAUCGCCGGCCGGGAACCGUUGCCGCCAAUGGCGAGGCCGCGACGAACUUCGCUGAAACGUCCGCGACGGUUACCGGCGUGGUGCCGGCCCGGCGGGUUUUCCGCGGGGAAGCGGACAGGGAGAGCGCGCAAAGGCUGCGGGAAGAGCAAUUGCGCGAGCGCGCGCUGCGGAUGAACGGGUUUCUGGAGAGAGACGCGGAGGCGCUAGUGGUGCGAGAGGCGCGGCCCGAGGAGUACUGGGAGGCUGCUGACGUGCACUGCGCUGCGUUCUUCCCGCACGCGCCAUUCCCCCUUAAUUAUAUUCUGCGAAUGGACAGGGUCUCGGCGAUCCUGGCCAACCUCAGCAUGCCACGUGGCACGUACAAGAAGUGCCUAGUGGCCUUUGACUCGCCAGCUUUCCUCCAAUCCCUCCCUCCUUCCUCCGCCUCCUCUGACUCCUCGGCCUCUUCCGCUUCUUCUUCCUCCCCAUCCACCCCCACCACCACCACCACCACCUCCACCACAAUCGCACCGAUGACCAAAGCCCGCUCGCUCCCCCCGGAGCACGUGGCGUCAGCAGCAAUCAAGGACUUUGACGGCGAGCGGGAUCUGUUCGGCGGGCCAAUGUUCCGCCCCGUGCUGGCGACCAUGCUGCUGGGCCCGCCCCUGCUCUCCUGGACCUUCUCCGGACUCAACGUGGGGCCCAGGGGGCUCGUGGGGUCUGUCACUGUUGACACGGCUGGGGAGUUCCUGCCCCGCCGCAAGCCACACAACCGGCGCCGGACGGGCAUAGCAUACAUAAGCAACAUGGCAGAUGAGGAGGAGGAGGGCGACGCGGAGGAAGAAGAUGCGGUUCGGGGGAAGGCGGAGCGACGUGGCGGUCGCAGCAGAGGCGGCGGGGGAGCGGCGGAAGGGGCGUCGACGCGUGGCAUGGCGGGGGAAGAAGCGGAGGAGGCGGAAGGAGGGGGAGGUAGGAAAGGGAAAUCGUCGCGGAUCAAGCUGAAUCUCAAGGGCAAGGCUUCUGGCGUGUGCAGGUUGGUCUCUUCUCGUAUUGUCUCGUUUCUUCCUUGCUCUUCAUCAUCAUCCUCAGCCCACAUUCCACAUUCCGCGGUCCCACUCCCCCAUCCCCUCGCUGGCUCGCAGGUAGCACGGCACAGGCGGGUGUUGCCGAGUGUGGUGGAGGCGGCAGUCAUAGCGCUGCACAUGCGGCGCAUCACAGUGCUGGAGUUCCAUGCUGUUAGGGACGACGUGCUACUGUCCGGGGACAAGGUGCGCGCUGAGCACCGCCCAACAUGCGACGAGGUGGUGUUAUCCUCGUCACUGGACGGCAAGGUGUGUCGGGUGGACAUAGACACAGCCCAGGCCACCGUGCUGGCGAACCUCAACCCGCUGGGCUGGCAGGGCGACCAGCGCACCUGGGGGAGCUUCUAUGCCAUGGACGCCCCUGCUCGUGACGGUGGUGCUACCUUAGUUGCUGGGGACAACUUUGGCUGCAUUCACUUUGGUGCAGCGGCCCAUCACAACCCUGUCCUCGCGCCAACCUGUGCGCCCGUGAAUGCCUCCCGCCAGAUGCAUCUGUGGGACGUGAGGCAGCUGUCUCCACAGCACCGCAUUGCCUCCAUACAGCACCCCCGCGUGGUCAACAGUGCCUACUUUUCUCCUAUCACGGGCACUUGGAUCCUGAGCACGUGUCAGGACAACAGGUUGCGAGUGUGGGACAGUGUGUUCGGCGACCUGCAGCGCCCCACCACCACCAUCGUGCACUCGCAUGACUUCAACCGCUACCUCUCGCCCUUCAAAGCCCACUGGGACCCCAAGGACGAUGCGGAGCGCGUGGUGGUGUGUGGGCGGUACAUAAGCGACGACUACAGCGGAGUGGCGUUGCACCCCAUUGACUUCCUGGACGCCUCCUCGGGUGCGCUGCUGGGCUCCGCUGUGGACCCCCACCUCACCACCAUCUCCCCCGUCAACCUGCCUCACCCCCGCUGCGACCUCCUCGCUACCGGCAGCUCCAGCUCCGCUGUGGACCCCCACCUCACCACCAUCUCCCCCGUCAACCUGCCGCACCCCCGCUGCGACCUCCUCGCUACCGGCAGCUCCAGCCUGCCUUCACUGCUCUCCUCUGUCCUGCACACACUCCUCCUUAUGCCCCAUAUGCAACAUUGGUGCCUCAGGUCUGUCUACCUGUGGACAGUACCUGAAGAUGCAGAGGAGGGCGAAGGGGAGGCAACAGGGGAAGCAUCUCAACAAGGAUACGGGGGCACAGGGAGCGCAGGGCAGCAGCAAGCAGUGUUGGGCAACAGAGGCACGAUUCGAAUGUUCAAUGCGGACAUAUGGGGUAGGGGUGGAGGUAGAGGGAAGACAAAAGGCAAAGCAAAGGAAUGGGAUGAGAGUGAUGAGGAAGAAGAGAAGACAGCUGAUGAAGAAGAGGAAGAGGAAGAGGAAGAGGAGGAUGAGGAAGAUGAGGAUGAGGAAGAAGAGGUGGUUCGUUCAAGUACCAAGCGUUCGAGGUCUCGUAGGUGA